AGACGCUGCAAGAGCUGAUUUUUUUCCUUUUUUUUCCCAAUCAUUCACCGCUGGAUUUGCUUUGUCCCAACUCUCCGUGGAUCCUGCAGCUUUUGGGGAGCUCUGACACCACCAUUCCCAGGCUAAGGAGUUUUGUUUUCAUGGUGUCUCGGCAUUGUCAGGCAAACAGCUCCAGCACGAGCAGCUCCUCUGGAGGAUCCAUCUGACCGUGCCUGAACCUCCUGCUUUUCUUCUGGAGCUGCUGGAGGGGAAACUUGUUCCACAUCUGCACAGCCUCCUGGCUGGGGAGGGCACCGACUGCCCUGCCUGUCAUCCCUGUUCCUGUGUGCUGCCCUUCACCUUUUGAUAAACAGGGACCUCGUCAGCCUUGAGAUCUGUGUUCUCCUCUUCUGAUGUCUCCAGCCCUGCCCUGGGUGUCUGGCUUUGACUGAAGCACUCACAGGAACUGAUGUGGUGCAACUGUGGGAUUUGUAAUUCCUCAAUCCUGCCUGGCUGAUCCCAGAGGAGGAGGAAGGGGAGAGCCUCCAGUCUGUGCCGCUCAGGCUCCAGCUCCAGCUCUGGACCCCCACCCUGCUGAAGGGCUAAAAAUGCCUCGUGGCUCGUGGGAAGCAGGAUCCCCAGGAAGGCAGCAGUGGGAGUGAGGGUUUCACAAUCUGCUCCCCACUCAGCUGCUGUGGGGCUCCUUGGUGCUUCCCAGCAGGGACAGAGAGAAAUGCUGAAAUUCUGAGCAGACAACACACAAACCUUCACGGAGAGGCACCUCCAGCAUGGCCCAGAAAAGCCAGACUGGUGGAACCGAGAAAAAUGACUCCUCCCUCCUGUACUGCAAGAGUGAUUCCAAGGAUGGAGCCCUGCAGUGGGUGACAGGAAUCAAGCUAAAGCAAUCAUAAGUGCUUGUCCUAAUUGUCAGCUCAUGCAGCCUCCUGUAUCCACCGGAGCAGCGCAUCCGAGAGGACUGCAGAGUCUGCAGUUACAAAAAUUACAAAAUACCCAGCUUUUGAAAAACUCACUAAUGUCCAUGUAUCAGCAGACACCUUUUCAGAACCCCCCCAAGGCCGGGUGCUGCUGGUGCUCAGCAUGGACAACACCUGCCCCACCUCCUCCUUCGACAUGGACCUCUGUGCCCAGAAGCUGCAGUCCCUCGGGGUCCAGGUGCCGAUGGAUCCGUGGAGGAGGCUGAUCCAGGAGGGUGUCCUGAGGCCACAAGUGAGACGGUACCUGUUCUACAGCUCCAGGGGCUUCCAGAUCGCCAUGGCUGUGGUUUUCUACAUCUCUCUCUGGACAAACCUUUACUCCACUCUCCAGCUGUGUUCCCUGGGACACUCCUGGGGGGCUGGCGUGCUGGUGACGCUGGUGGCCCUGGCUCUCACUGUCCUGGUGAUCCUGGUCAUGGAUUGUCACCAGAGGAAGCUGAACGUGAACACAGAUGUGAGGCUGGCAGCUGUCAAUGAAAUCUUUAUCAAACACAGCAUAAUCCUGGGGAUUACAGAUGUCCUGGAUGGGCCACACAGCAUCCUACAACUGUGGUUUGUGCACUUCAGUCCCGAGCGCUGCCUCCAGGCCCUGACAGCCCACAUCGCUCACCUGCAGGGGACACAGGCAGGCUGGAGGCACAGGCUGAACAAGCUCUGUGUGGUCAUGGACGUGGCGGUUCAGCCCGAGCUGGGGAUGGAGGAGGAGGCUCCAUGUGAAGAAUCCCCUCUUUUAUCCAGCGGGGUGACCCUGAAUAAAGCCCCUGUGACCUGCAACGAGCUCCUGCACCUCAUCCCCGAGGGCCCACCCGAGGCCGUGGCCCAGCAGCUCCUGGUGAUCUUCAGUGGGUGCUACGUGCGGCUCCUGGUGACGGGCCGGCUCCCUGGGGCCGGGGCAGGGGGACACCUGGGCCCCAGCAGCGUUCCCUGUCUCUGCCAGUUCAUCCAGACCACCGUGCUGCACACCCCCCACAGCUGGGCCAGGCGACCAGAGGGGGCUGGAAAACACCACAGUGGAGCCAUCCCCACACACCAGGGUGGAGAAGCCGUGGGGCACAGAAGGGAGCUGUAAUUCCUUGUCCUGGAUGAACGAGUGGAAACGGGGCUCUAAUAAAACAUGCAAGAAAGCUGCCCACCUUGGAGAGGUCCUGCCCCCCAGAUCAGCAUGCCCCAGGGGUCAGAAACAGCCCAGGGACGGCCUGGGGCUCGUUCGUGUCCAAACCCUGCUGCCACCAACCAGCACCCCUCACACAGCCUCGUACCAGCAAAGGCCAGACCAGCGCUGGGGGUGGCAGCAGGAGGCCGAGCCCUGGAGCACCAGGAGCUUGCAUUUGGCUCUUCCCGGGGUGCAGGGUGACUCUGCCUCUCCCCACAUUGUUCCUGUCACCAGGAACGGUGAGACCAGAUCCAGCUCCUCCUACCUGAGGCCCCAGCACCAUCCCCUCAGCAUCGAGCCUCUAAACACAUCAUCCUCUUAUCAGUGACCCUCACCACAUCAUCCUCCUAUCAGCGACCCCACCACAUCAUCAGUGACCCCUAACUCAUCAUGCCCUUAUCAGUGACCCCUAACUCAUUAUCCUCUUAUCAGUGACCCCCACCACAUCAUCCUCUUAUCACUGACCCCCACCACAUAAUCCCCUUAUCAGUGACCCCUAACUCAUCAUCCUCUUACCAGUGACCCCCAAUACAUCAUCCUUUUAUCAGUGACCCCCAACUCAUCAUCCUCUUAUCACUGACCCCCACCACAUAAUCCCCUUAUCAGUGACCCCUAACUCAUCAUCCUCCUAUCAGUGACCCCCACCACAUCAUCCUCCUAUCAGUG